UCAGGCUAUCAUUAGGAUAUCUAAACUGCUUCUUAUUGUCCUUAUUUGGAUGUUGCUCAAAGCUUGCUUUGCCAUUUUCUGAAUUUCAGUGUUGUUAGAGAAGAAGUUAACAUAACAAAAUGAUCGUGCUUUGGUUGUUUUGUACUAGUUCCCUAACAGUAGUUUGUUUUUCUAAAGCUUGUGUAAACAAAUCCUGGAGAUUGUUUUGUUUAUUCUUAUUAUCCUGUUCUCUUAGUAUCAGAAUAGUAUCCUUCUUUAUAUCAACUAAACCUUGACCAUCUCUAUAUAUACUAUCUAAUCUCCCUUUUAUGUUUUCUAUAUUGAACUUCAACUACUUCUAUAAUUUUCUUAGAUGGGAAUUUAUCAGCUUUCCCUUUUCUCAUUACAGGUUCUUUGUUCCAACACUUCUUCAUCACAGUCGUCCCCGAUUUGCUCAUUACAAAUAAUUAUGUCAGGUGUUCCACAAUCACAUGCUUCUUCUCAAGCUUCUCGAGGAACCAAAAGAAAAUGGGUUCCAGAAGAAGAUGCAGCCUUGGUUUCUUGCAUGGUGGACUUGCACAAUGUUGGAACAUUUAAUGCUGAUACCGGGUUCAAAGCCGGUUAUUUGAACGAGUUGGAAAAAAUGCUAGAAAAGGCUUUACCAAAUGCAAUGUUGAAGGCGAAACCAAAUAUUGAAUCGAGGAUUAGGUUACUAAAAAGGGAAUGGUCAAUCGUCUAUGACAUGCUUAAUGGCCAAAACAAUAGCGGUUUUGGUUGGGAUGAGCAUAGGCAGCUCGUUGUUGCUGAAGAUGCAGCUUGAGACUCCUAUUUAAAGAGUCACAAAGAAGCCGCUCAAUUCAGACAUCGUACUUUCCCUUACUACGACCAGCUUACUGCCAUAUACACAAGAGAUCGAGCGACUGGGAAAGAUGCUCAAACAGCUGCUGAUGUUUUUCAAGAAAUAAAUGUUGAGGAUGUACCUACUAUAGAUAUGAAUGAAGAGAGAAACACAUUCGAUGACUGCGAAGCUGACGUCUCUUUGGACGACAUGGAUGUUUCUGGUACGGAACCGCGAUGAGAUAGAGACCAAGGGGAUUCCUCAUCUUCAAACAAGAGAAAGAAGAAAUCUGAUGCUCGUGAUAAUAUGUAUUCUUCA